AAGCACAUGUUCAAUGCCUGCUUAGCUGUGUGUGGAAAAGCAUGUAAGAAAAUCUUGGAGAAAAUGGGGUUGGUAAAGCAAGAUUGUUAAUUAAAUAAUCUCUAUUGCUAGUGCAAGAUAAUAUAUAUUAGCGUUAAGAGUUGCGUGUUACUAACAUAGUAAUGUUACUGAUCGUUCUAACUAGCAGUAAACAAGCUGGUAUCCACAGAUAGCCUGGCUAGUAUGUUUACAAGCUAAGGUCUUUGGACGAUUUUGGAAGUGUCAGGCUAAGCAUAUGUAGCUACUGACCUAAAUCUACUCAACUAAUUAAGGAUUAUUUAGAAUAAUAAGGUCGUUGUCGAAGAUAACUUCUCGACUUGCUACCCUGUUCCGUUUUAGCAACUGGUAUUUAGCUACCAGGCGUGGAGGAGGCGUGCUAGCUAACUUGCAAGUUGCGUUUAUGUGUGUGACUUCUAGCUGUCUCCCAGGGAGGCACGGUUGCUAGCUAGCUAGCUAGUUUUCAGUUUGCAUCAAUCCUACAAUAAUGUUUCGUGUUCUCAAGCAAUAUAUUCAUAAUUUUACCAUUUAAUACAGCGAAUUCAGUAAAUACUGUUUAUGUUGAAGAUACACGUAUUAAUAUUUUGUUUUUGCUAGCUAGACAAGUACUUAAUUUAAUUGUAUUUAGUAUCAGACUCCAAACCGCUAACAUCAGCUAGCUAGUCUUUAGCCGAACACAGAGGUUGGUGUACUGGCCCACACAGCUAUGUUUCAGUCUGUCCAAAGACGCCCGAUCUGCGGAAUAAGGGUGCAAACAGUUCGGCUUCCUGGCCUGCACACAGUUUGUAGUGAGGCUGUAGGGAAGGCCAACGGUCCUGUAGUAAAGAGAGCAGCGGCAUGGAUGAGUCGACGCAUGGAUUUCCUGCUCUCAUGGCUGCACAAAGCAGGAGUGUGUGCAGGUGAAACGGGAUCAGAGAAGACACGAAAAGGCAUGGUGUCCUUACUUGCAAACCAGUGCAGUUUCGUUACGGGCCAGAGGUUCAGACGCGCAUGGCAGAUUGGCGAGCUGUACUCGAAUCUCUACUCCGAACGUUCCCGAAUGAGUCUCGUGAGCACACUGUGGCGCCGCUUCCAAAGCAAACACGCACGCACUAGCAAACUAGUAGCAGCGCUGGCUGGAGUCUUCAUGUGGGAAGAGGAGAAGAUUAGAGACGAAGAGCUAAAAAGGUGUGCCGGGGAACUUCAGGCCAUAGAAGUGGUGAAGAACAGAGGAGCUUCCCAGGAAACAGCCUCUCGGCUCCAGGAAGAAGGCUGGGAGAUCGUCAUGGAUAAGAAGAACUUCUGGGUGUGGAAACGUCCCCUUCAGAACAGCCAUUUGUACGAAUACAAAGUGUUGGGAACGUACACAGACAUCACCCCUAGGCAGUUCUUCAAUGUUCAGCUGGACACGGAGUACCGGAAGAAGUGGGACGCCCUGGUGAUCAAGCUGGAGGUAGUGGACAGGGACUUCAACACGGGGUCGGAGGUCGUGCACUGGGCCACAUACUUCCCCUAUCCCUUGUAUUCAAGAGACUAUGUUUAUGUGCGUCGGUACGACGUGGAUCUGCAGAACAACCUCAUGGUCUUGGUAUCCCGGGCUGUGGAACACCCCUCCAUUCCAGAAAGUCAGGACUUUGUUAGGGUCCGGUCUUACCAGUCAAAGAUGGUGAUUCGUCCACACAAGUCCUUUGACGAGAACGGCUUUGACUAUCUGCUGACCUACAGCGAUGACCCUCAGACCGUGUUUCCUCGAUACUGCGUGAGCUGGAUGGUGUCCAGUGGCAUGCCUGACUUCCUGGAGAAGCUCCACACCGCUGCCCUCCGUGCCAGGAACCAGGAAGUGGGAAUGCAGGACUACAUCAACGUGGUGAAACCCAGCGAGAAGACCUCCCAGCCCAGCCCGGACCGCCUCGGGGAGAAGGCCCGAUCCAGGGGCCAGAUCUACGCCUGAAAAGGACCAGGUCACUGAAGGGGGGGGCGCCUCUCCACCCACCCCUACCACCAGCCCCCAUAAAAGGCAUUUUCUAUGAUGGAGGAGCUGGUGUUUGAAUUGACUGAAGCUGAAGGCCACCUACGAGGAACGCUGCCCCCUCCCUUCUCCACCGGGGAGAAGCCGGAGAAAACAACCCUAAUUUUGUGUGAUGGAGGCGUUUCGCAAGGCUGAGGCCUUGGAGAGCAGCCUCCGGAGAGGUUCUGCAAGUCUGGAGACAUGAAGGUCUUUUGGAGACUCUUUGACCCAAAAAUGUGCAAAGGGAGGUGCAAAGGGAGGGCUCGCUCUUUCUACUUGGCCUGAAUCCAGCUGCUUGAGCCUCACACACACUCCGUCCCGUGAUUUUCGCCCCCGUGCAGCAGUUGUGCCAUCUUGCACCCUUCUCUCACUUUCAUUCUUUUGCUUUUAUUUUUUAGUUUUUUUUUUUUUUACAUUUAACGAGCAUCUAAUCACAAUCAAGUGGUAUCAAGUCACAUUGACAAUUUGGUUACUGGCUUAAUUUCUGUUACAGUCACAGAGCAAAAUGCUCAACUCAAUAAUCUAAUGAAGCAGCCAUUGUUUCAGGAAUCUCAUCCGUACGUGUGGACUGAAAUUCCAGCCAGCCCCAAAGGCACCCAGAGGGCUUCUGAUAAGAAUUUCCGGACGUGUUCCUGAUCGCAGGGAACGUGGAACCAACCGCUCCGGCACCUCAAACGGCCUUCCGUGAACGCUACGCCGGCCCUCACCACUGGGGGCGUGUCUUACAACAACCACAGCAUCCUCAGCCACUGCGCCUUCUCCGCCUCCGCCUCACAACACCCCGCCACUUCAAAAUGGCCUCCUUUGAGACGGGUCGGCCUCUACGGUCUGUCGUUUCUACAGAAAGGCAGAUAGCGGAUUGACCCUUUUCAUCCCGCCCACUCUUCUUCAGCGGUGUUCCUGGGGUUUAAGAAAUACCAGCGUUCUUUACUCGUCUGUUUGCAUGUUUGUGUGUGCGAUUAACACAGUUUACAGGAAACCCGUAUUCACAGAGGAACUUGAGUACGGAGGUGUGCCACUGACUGUAUGGUCUGGAGUUCUUGGCUCUUGAGCUGAAUAUGCGCAACGAACCGGCUGUCUCUUAUUGUCACAAAUGAAGUGUGGCUUCUGUAUGCAUGAAUAUGGCGGGCGUAGGUUACUGUUAACGCUAUCCGAGUGUUGCAGCUGUUGUGCACUCAAAGGUAAAGUCCAUCAGCACAGGUGGAGAGAGGAAAGUCUGUGUAAAACGCACUUAAAGGAUUGAAAAAUCCACUGCUACUGAAAUUAUGAAUUGAUUUAAAUAAAUCUCAUUUGUUUGUCCUUGCCUAAGUUAUGUCCAGAUGUUGACGUGUGAAUGAUUUACUGAAGGCUGAAGGACUUGCGCUGUGACAUUUGCUCCGGCCAAAGAUGUGAUUCACCUCCCGAUUAAUCAAGAUGUACUGAUGUUCAACCCUAAACAUCUCCGGGGACAACACGUAUUUGGCUUUGACGCGGAAUUUCCUCUCCUGCAGUCAGGUGUCAGAGAGCGCAUUCUCUUAAUGUCUAUCCGUGCUUAUAACAUGCUUAUAACCUUUCUCUGCCUCCAGUGGAGACAUUUUGGGCUGACAAAAAUGUCAUUGACUUCCUUUUAUACGGAAAAAGUUGUGUGAGAGUGUACAGGUUUUGGCUUUCAUGACGUUAGAACAUUAACCACAUUCACACCUUUUAUGCCAUUUUAUGUUGUCUAUGACACCAGAAUGAUGAAGAGGAGAAAGAAUGUCGAUUCGGACCGUCCGCAGGUUUGGUGACAUCACUCCGGCCCAGUUCAGGGCAGUGCAGUGUGGGUAAUGUGCACGGGUAGGACCGUCCCAGCAGGAUCCAGUCAGAACCACAUCGGCUGGUCAUGUGUGGUUGAAACAGGGAUUGCAGAACUACUCUUUGGCCACUGAAAUACACAUUGUUAUUAAAUAUAGGCUUUCAAACACAGUUCUGUAAUUCUAGAAAGCUGGAUUCUACUCUACUCUCUGGCUGUGGUGAAUGCUAAAGCAUUUUAUUGUGGUUUACAGUUUCUCCACUUGUCCGAUGUUACAAAUGAUGUUGUAGCAGUAUGAGGUUUUUAAAAAUAUAUAUAUAUAAAUUGUACUAAUCAAUGUGUUCCCUUAACCUUCACAUACUAAGCUCACUAGCCAAUUUUGCAGUUUUAUUGUCCACCAAAUAUCCCCACACAUCGCUGGAUAAAUAAAGGUAUUUCCCUGCCAGUAAUUUUGAAUGGAAACUAAUCUCAUUUUUUGUUACCCUUUUAACUUUCAAGGACAUAAACCAUUUCAUAACAAAUCUAGCAAUGGUGAUAUUAUUAGAGAUGAUUGAAUGUCAUUUUCAGAAAGCGCUUUUGUUUUUUUGCAGUUGCUAUUUCCAAAGUUCAAUGAGUUUGUACUGUAACAUUUGUUUGAAAAUUUAAGUUUUCCAGGUUUUUACUUUAUUUUGGACAUUUAUGCCAUAGUGUGUGUGUCAGUAGAAUUCAUGAUUUUAUUGUUCCUUGUUAGAAAUGAGCGCCAUUGUCUAAAUGCUUAAUUACUGCAGUAUUAUAGUUUAGCCAAAUAUGUGAAGACUUAGCGGUUAUUGGUUCCUUUUGGUCCUAGAGUCUAGAGUUGGAACAAAGCUUUUCUGAUGGGGGUAAAUGAUUGGCGCUAAAUAUGAGCACUUGUUUAAUAUGCAUUGCCUAUAGCUGUAUGCAGUGGUGCUUGUGGGAAUGGUAAUAAGAUGCUUUACAGAUAAACUAGGCGAACGCUUUAAAAACCGUUAACUGGAUAUUUGAGGUGCAGUCGCAUAGCCUCUUUUUACAUGCUUGUUAAUGAUCGGGUUGAGGUUUGUGGGUCAGAGUAUGGCUAAAAAGAAAGAUGAGUUUUCAUAUUAACUGCAUAAUCGCAGUCUGUGUAGCCAGUGUAUAGUUGCCAAUGUCCUGUGUAUCAUUUAAUGCCACUUUUUGUGGUUAUCAGGCAAUUUGUCAGGCACAGAUUAAGCUCAGUCCUGGACUAAAUGUAGUUUUUCAUGGAGAAUCUCCAUUCAUUUAAUUUAAUUUAGGACUAGGCUUCACUCUAAUGUCCUCACCGAGAAAAAAAGCAAUGAAAAAAAUGAUGUAGCCUGCUAAACCGUCGAGCAGAACUUUAAAGGGUAAAUCUGUGUUUGUAAGCCUGGCCCUUUAUGUCCAGACUUAAAGCUGGGUAUUCUCUGCCUCACACCUCAUUCUUCUGUAGCCCAAGGGUGCAAGAGCAGUGCCCCACAUAGGAAUCAAACCUGCAACUUCUGAUAUAGACGUCCAGUUCUCCCCAACUGCUACACUCUGGUAUACUUAUUAUUUUCUAUCUGUGUCAAUCAUGCCUUGCGGCUUGCUGUUAUCUGUGGUAUUGUGCAUUUAUCUGCCAUUGGUCAUUCCCAGUUCUUUUCCCAGUAAUUUCUUUCAAAAUGGCAUUAGUGGUUCUAAUCUGAGUGUCUUUGUAUUCCAUUUGCGAUAUCUAUGGUAGGCUGAGCUAGCGUAAUGCUAUGCUAUCCAUCUGCCUGUUAGCAUACUUCCCUCCCGCUCAGAAAAACCUUUGAGAAUUGUAUCAUUCCAUGGCCACAAUCGUUGCACCUGUGAUUGGUUGUGCCAUUGGUCCAUCGCUUAAUUGGUCCUGCCAUUAGUUUGUUAUCCCUUUGCCACCCCCUGGCAAAUGCGAUUGGAUGAUUCCCAUGUUGUUUUCCCGUUAGGUCCAAUUUAAUAUUUUAGCCCUCCUAGAAGGCACGGCUGCAAAACUCAUUAAUUAGCUUACUUAGCCAAUCUUAUUUAACCAAUUUUCAUAGCUUCCAGCAAAAAAAUAAAAAAUACAGUACUUGAGCCUUUAGAAAACAUCACGAUGGGCAUGAUGGUUUACACUGCUGCUCAGUCCACAAAUGAUAACGAAUCCUUAGUGUGAUUCCUAUUUGUGGAAAAAAUAGGAUAUUUCUAUAUAUUUUUGGGAGUGUGUGUUUGAAUUGAUGUGAAAGAGAAUUAAAUUAUAAUCGUGUCACAUUUGACUUAAGUCUUGAGAUUUCUGUUUGAAGAAAUAUUGAUUUAUUGUGAAGGGAUUGUUGUACGAGUCUGAGAGAGACUUCGAAUGUGUUCGGAUAGUGGAUUUGAGAAAAUGUAUGCAAUGUUUGAAAAUGCUCGACUUGCCAGGGUGAUGAUUUUAAUUCUGUGGUGUGCUGCUUUUUGAGAAUGAGACAUUUUCAUAUGUGAACGCAUUUUUUUCCUGCUUGUGCAUUACGGUUUAACCAUUUACAAAUGUCCCCCUUUCAUCCGCUGACAUCGUUAUUUAAAUCUGCUCUGAGCACGGAGACUGGAAUAUGGUCAAGCGGUUGACGACGUCGUCGGCAGCGAUUGUAAUGGCUUCAGUCUACAUGUCAAUGUUCAUAUGGUAAAAUAUCAUCGGACAUCUGAAAAUAAAGCCAAACGCAUUUGUAAAAGUGAA